AUGGAAAAAUGGGGAAUGGGACUAAAAUUUGCAUUAUUCUUCAAUGCUUCUGGUGUUGAACCAAAACGAUAUUGAUUAGGGGUUGACACAAUGACAGACGAAAUUCGAGGAUGGUUAUAUGGAUGGCUUGGGAAAAAAAAACUUGGUAUACCAUCAUAUAACACAAUACUGUUGGAAAAUCGUGGUGGAAAAAUGCGCUUCAGAUGUGAAUUGCGUAUACAAGGGCAACCUCAUGUAGGAUUAGGGAUCUCGGCGAAUAAAAAAGAUGCUGCUACUAAUGCUGCUCGGGAUUUUGCGCAGUUCCUUAUUCGACAAAAAUUACUGGAUCCACUGGAGCUUCCGAAACCUACGGCAGGAAUGUUGGAGACAGCAAAUGAGGAUUCAUUUAGCGGGGACAGUACACCAGAAGGUAGCAGUUUAUUGAACUGUAGAAAGGCAGAAAAAAGUAGCAGCGAAACAGUUGAUGUUGCAGUAAAUAUGCAGUUUCUUCCGUCAUCGAAGAUUGAAACAGAACAUCAAUGUUAUAUUGAGCAAAAAGCAGAAGAGAUUACGCUAUCCGAACCAGUCGAUUUGCGAGCAGAUAUACAUGGAGGAUGGACGGCUGACAAUAGCAAGAUGCGUUUAAAUGAAUUUGUGCAAAAAAUCAAACAACCGCCGUUGAAAUAUGAUAUCCGCUCUGCUGGCACCCAUAACUCCAGAAUUUUUGUUGCGGAAGUGUCACUCUUCGUCCCGGAAGUGCGGCACACAUUUUCGGCAAAAGCAGAAGGAUCAACGAAGAAAACUGCUGAAUCGACUUGUGCGCUUUCUUUAAUGCGUCAGUUGUUUCAUAAUAAGUUAGUUGGUGCUUACACUGGUCGAAAGAAGAAAAAAACAGCGGGAAAUUUACCAGACAUCCCGGUUAUUGUAAGUGAUGAACUUUCUGAGGAAAUAGCUCGUUAUCUUGCACUGGUUGGUAUUAAUGAAGUACAGCCUUCAUUAGAAGCUUCAGUUUCUAAACCAGUUUCGUUGUUAGUUACGCAAAAAUUGAAUCAAUUUGAGCCAUCACAACCUGUCUCUGAUGGUUUUAUAUCGUGGUGUCCCGCACUGCAAAAUUGGAAUCCAUGGAAGUCAUCAAAUAUCGAUGAAUCUCCACUUGCUUUCAUGUCUCUUGAUGCAAUAAGUGCUGAGUUGCUAGAAGCGGAAAAAAAACGGAUGAUUUCAUCAAGUAUAAAAGCUCAACGAGAAUCAUUACCUGUAUAUCGGUAUCGCGAUCAAUUAAUUGAUAUGAUUGCAACUAAUUCAGUUACAAUAGUGAAGGGUGAAACAGGUUGCGGAAAAUCUACUCAGGUUUGUCAGUAUCUGCUAGAACACUAUAUAAACAGUUGUCGUGGUGCGGAAUUCGCUGCAUUUGUUACUCAACCGCGAAGGAUCAGUGCCAUAACGUUAGCUGAGCGCAUUGCUGAUGAACGUGGGGAGCAACUGGGAGUGUCAGUCGGAUACGCUGUCAGAUUUGAUUCACUUUACCCUCGACCGUAUGGAUCAUUGAUGUUUGUCACUGUUGGUUUACUGUUGAAAAGAUUGGAAUCAGACUUGCGUGGAAUAAGCCAUAUUAUUGUUGAUGAAAUUCAUGAGCGAGAUAUUAAUACAGACUUCAUUAUGAUUGUGUUACGCGAUAUGGUAAAUAUGUAUUCCGGUUUAAGAGUUAUUUUAAUGUCUGCAACCGUCGAUUUGACUCUUUUUACUAAUUAUUUUGGCAACUGCUCAGUGAUUUUACUAGAAGGACGAAAUUUCCCCGUUCAACACUAUUUCUUGGAAGAUAUUGUACAGAUGACUCAUUUUUUGCCACCAGCUAGUGAAUUGAGACAAAACAAAGAUUAUGACGAUGAAGGGGAAGAAUUUACAGAAGAGACACAAAAUCUCAACUUGGUUGUUAGUGAGGAAUAUGGCUUGAACACAAAGCUAGCCAUGAGUCAACUUUCAGAAAAAGAAAUAUCGUUCGAGCUUAUCGAGGCACUUUUGAAUCACAUCGUAAGCAAAGAUGAAGAGGGUGCUGUUCUAAUUUUCUUACCAGGAUGGCAUAUCAUCCAACUUUUGCUCAGUUUUUUGAAAUCACAUCCCAUGUUCAGUAACGAAUCACAGUUUGUUAUUCUCCCACUUCAUUCACAGUUGACUGGCCAGGAACAACGAAGACGUCGUGCUCGUUAUUUCAGAGUUAAGGAGAAAAUGUAUACUUCAUACAACAACAUGGUUCACUAUGCAACAGUUUGGGCAUCUCGUACCAGUAUCGUACAACGAAGAGGACGAGCAGGACGUGUUCGUAAAGGCUUCUGUUUUCAUUUAUGCUCCAAAAGUCGAUAUGAAGCGCUAGAUGAAUAUCGCGCGGCGGAAAUGCUGAGAACUCCACUGCAUGAAAUUGUGUUGACAAUUAAACUAAUUGGAUUAGGCUCAGUUAGUGAUUUUCUGGCCAAAGCGAUCGAGGCACCAUCAAUCGAUUCUGUUGUUGAAGCUGAGGUGCUUCUUCGGGAAAUGUCAGCUUUGGAUUCAAACGGUGAAUUAACAGAACUUGGUCGUAUUUUAGCUCGACUUCCUAUUGAACCAGUACUUGGCAAAACUCUUAUUCUUGCUACUGCAUGCGGUAUUGGAGAAUUAUUAGCGACAAUAUCUGCAGCGUCAUCAUUUGCAGCACCGUAUAUACCACCUGAUCGAACUACUUCAAAACUGACUUUCCAACAGCGUUCAUUUUCUGGAAGUCGCUUUUCGGAUCAUAUUGCACUUAUAUGUGUCUAUAACAAGUGGCGUGAAGCAUUUGAUCAGGAUCCAAUAGCAGAAAAAAAUAUUUGUGAUUGGUUUUCUUUGAAUUCUACGGUAUUACGAAUGAUUAGGAUUGCUAAGCAGCAAUUAACUGAUACACUGAUCUCAUCUGGUUUUUCUGAAUCACUCUUUAUUCCAUUAGAUGUAUCCAAUACAGGACCGGAUUCAAAUCUCGACCUCAUACUUUCAUUAUUGGUUUAUGCUUUGUAUCCAAAUAUUUGUCACUAUCGAGAUAAACGACGUGUUUAUACACUGGAACAAGCGACAGCUUUGAUGAGCAAACAGUCCGUGAACGAACCAUUUUAUACUUCGGAUACUAUUAAAUUUCCAUCGCCCUUGUUUGUUUUUUCGGAAAAACUUCGUACUAAAGUGAUAUCAUGUAAACAAAUUUCGAACAUAACUCCACUUCAAUUACUUCUUUUUGGAAGCCGGAAAGUGGAGUAUCAUGGGAAUAAUAUUAUUAAAUUAGAUAACAUGAUUCCCCUAAAAAUGAAUGUGCAAGCUGCGGCUCGAAUUGUAGCUUUGCGACCAUGUAUUGAAGCGCUUAUUGUACGAACUUGUUUGAAUCCAGAAGCCACAAAUAAAGUUCGUGAGGAUGAUAAUAAGCUACUUAAAAUUCUAAAGCAGAUAUCGUCACCUUUUAGUUGGUUGCCAAAUGAAAAAGUCACUGAAAUACAGCAGCAGGAGUAUGCUGGUGUUGAAGCAAUUUCUCGUUCGAAUUACAUCAAAGGGAGUCGAAACAGUGCUGAUGGCAUGACACCGAAUAUGAGAGGGAAUAGAAGGGGAAUGAGAAGAGGUCAAAGAUGUGGCCCUGUUGGUACUUUUGGAAAUGACGGGAUAGGAUAUCAAAGUUAUGAGAGAACAGGACUGAGAAGAAAUGCUUGCAGUCGUGCUUAUUCUCCGUCUCAGAUAGUUUCCGCGGAAGAAAUAGAACUGAUAGGUGUCACUCUUCGUUUAACUUUGGAACUGCUCAAAACAAAGGUUUUUGCUCUUGUGUGGGUGAGAACAAUAUGCAUGCCGAAGACUUGUUGUCGGAUUAUGUCAGUAAAUAAUCGUUCGGAAAAUGGCAUGGUUCGUUCGGGAGUGAAUUGGGAUAUUACACCUAUGAAACGUGCUCGAACUGGUUGUGGAGGAGAAUCUUUGCUUAAUACAACAGAGCAUCCUUCGGUCAGUAUACAUUGUCAAGAACAUGUUGAUCCUCCUGAUGUUAUCAAUGAGGAGAAGUUUAGAUAUCAGUGGAAAAAUAUUGAUAGAGGCGUUCUAACUAUUGGCGUUAAGGCGAAUAUUGAGAGUAAUGUUUGGAGAUUAGUGGAUGCCGUUUAUCCGAAGGAUUUGGCAGUAAAUAUAUGUCAUAGGUUAAAUAUUCAGAAUAGAGUUGUCGAGCAUUUUGGUGUGAAUUAUUCCAAAGUUUAUUGCAUUUGGCCAAAAAUAUUCUCGGAAAUGAAUUACUGUGUUGCUGGUUUUCGUUCGAACGCUUCAUCAGAGGAGGUUGAUAGUUUUCAUAAUUGUUCCGAAGCUGGAAUAUUGGCAAAACUUGAGCAAGAACCUCCGAAGCGUUCAUUGGGAGUAAUUUUCACAAGAGUUGAAAAAGAAGAUCACACGAUGCCUGAUAGCAGACACUCAGUUAAUGAAUUAACUGAACAAUUGGAUUUAAGCAGUUCACUGGACAACCACGCUAACGUGAAGACAAAUACAUUAAACGGUAGAAAAGCGAUGGUUUUGCAAUUAAAUCACCAUGAACAAAAAGAGGAGGACGACUGUCAUGAAGAUUGA